CCAUCUCUUUUUCCAUUUCACAUAAACUUCUUUUGCUAAUUCUCAGCCAUGGUUUUCAAUAAAGAGAUUGCUCGUUUUGCUGUUGGUGUUAUUGGGAACAUUAUUUCACUCAUCUUAUUUCUGUCACCUUUGCCAACAUUUGUUCGAAUAUGGAAGAAGAAAUCAGUGGAGCAGUUUUCACCAGUUCCAUACCUUGCCACAUUUGUAAACUGUGGUCUUUGGGUACUCUAUGGAAUACCACUUGUACAUCCACGCAGCAUCCUAGUUGUGACCAUAAAUGGGACAGGACUUGCUAUUUUUGUUGUGUACUUGAUGCUAUUUUUGUUGUACUCUGAAAGGCCAAAAAGGAUGAAAAUAUUCCUUAUUAUUGUUGGUGAGAUAAUUUUCUUGGCUUCACUUGCCAUACUUGUUCUAACCCUUGUCCAAACGCACAAAAAAAGAUCUACUAUCGUGGGUAGCAUUUGCAUGGCGGGCAACAUUUUCAUGUAUGCUUCUCCUCCGGCUAUCAUGAAAUUGGUGAUGACAAGCAAAAGCGUGGAGUUCAUGCCCUUCUUGCUUUCCCUAUUCUCUUUUCUGAAUGGUGUUAGUUGGACUACUUAUGCCCUCAUUCGACUGGAUGCCUUCAUUCUUGUAUUUGUGGUUACAAAGGACAUUCAAUGGAGGAUUAUUACAGAAUAAUAGGUUAUCCACCGAAUUUCAAAAGUAAGGAGGGCUCAAGCCUUCUGCUAGUUAUUCCACAACCACAAAUGUUGAGUCCACUUCUGAAGAACAACACACAUGAGGAUAUUACUUUACAGAAAGGCAAUACAGAAAGUCAAUACCAACAGUUGCUGAACAAGCUUGAUAAGCCUACUAUCACUGAUUGCACCUCAAUCACGGCAGGUAUGGCUUCUCUUUUGUCCAAUUCACAUGACUGGAAAGUAGACUCAGGAGCCUCACACCAUAUCAUAUCUUGUAAAGAGCUUUAACAACAACUAAAAGCCUAGGAUAUUAUCAAAGUAGGAAAGUGCAGUUACUUACUGGUGGUAGAUGUCAUAUUGCAAACACAGAAAAUGCCAGAUAUUCCCAGAUCAGAGAAUUCAGGAUUUCUACAAGUUUCUGAAUUCAAAUUCAGCUUGCUCUCAGUGUCUAAGAUAACCAGGGAGUUGAAGUUUUCAGGGACUCUUUACUAGCAAGAUGAUGGGAAUUGGUAGAGGAAAGGAUGGACUCUAUAUCACAAGAGAAGAAGUGAAGCCUGCAGUGAGAGCAACAGUUUAAAAAUAGAUGACAGUGGAGUACUUUGGCAUUUGAGACUGCGACAUCUUUUUAUUGGAGCAAUGAAAUACAUACCAUCAAUAUGCCAUCCAAUUUAUUCCAGUAUCUUGAAUAACAAUGAGAAUUGUCCUUUGGGAAAUAACAUAGAUUAAAGUUUUUUACCAGUAAGGGUCAUUUGGUGGCUGAUUAAAGUUAUGGAGGUAUUAGUAAUACAUGAAUUAGUUUUGAGGAAAUUUAUGUAUUACUUUAUGCAGGGUUUAGUUAUUCAUGCAUUAGUGAUACGCUCAAAUUUACACUUUUAAUAGCGUAAAGCGGACGAUGCCAAAUAUAGUAACCCAGCGAGGUUGAUGUCGAAUCCCACAGAGAAUAUGGCGUGAAAAGUUUACUAAACAAGUAUUAUACUAAUCUUGCGCUCCUGGUGUAUUCCAGAAAAAGGGUUUUAUAGUUGUUUUGGUUUGUGGACUAAUUUAAAGUGACUAGAAAUUUAAAGUUGUAAAUAUAUGGGUAAAAAGAACCAAGGUUGUGUCUCCGUCAGAUAUGACUAGAAAUUCUGUUUAGCUACUCAUGGCAACAAGAAAACAAUAAAAGAUUGAAGAUUGCAUAAUUGAAUUUUGUAUUGAACUUACGAAUUAAACUUUAAAGUAGAGAAUGUACUUGUCUGGAAAAUCUUCAAAAGUAAUAACAACUCAAAAGUAAUUACUACCAGUCUAAAACUCCAGAUGUCUACAAAAUAAAACCUAAACAGGUAUUUAUACAAGUUAAACUCAGAAUAAUCAAUCCCAGUCCUGUUCCAGCGCGGCUUGCACUUUGACGGGCCGUCGUUGCACUUCGACAAUCAUCGACAUGUUCGACGAGCAUGACGACGAUCUGAUAACAUAUUUUCAAUUCACAGAAAUCCCAUCGUCGAGGCACUUCGACGGACCGUCUGUCAUGUCGACGGUGUAAGUCGACGGUUUGAUGACUUUUUCACUUUGCAGGAACUUGAAUGACGGGGCAACUCGACGGACCGUCGAGCAUGUUGAUGGUCCUUCCUUAAUGCAUAUCAGAACAAAUCACUUUUUUUCCUCGUUUUUUGCUUACCGAGCAUUCUAACUUCGAAAUACCUGCACAACACACAAAACACAUCAAACUAACACAAACUUGCUCGAAAACAAGUAAAACUUAGAGUUAAAAAGCAUUAGAUGUGCCAUAAUUUCACGGCACAUCAAUUAGCUAUUCCACCUUUUGCCCGGCAUAAAAUAAUACUUAAAUUCCCUCAUAGCUUAUACAUACAUUAGUUAUGUGGAUUUCUAAAUUGCAAAUCAAACACCUUACUAAUUUUAUACAUGAAUAAAUCACCUCAUAACUAGCUACCAAACACAGUAUUACUUAUGUAAGAUUUUAAUUCAUGAAUAACUUGCUCCUAACCAGCUACCAAAUGACCCCUAAUAGUGUUAUUAAUAAUGUCUUUGAGUUAGUAUAUAUUGAUGUGUGGGGACCCUGCAAAUAUCCCACUUAUGACAAGAAACACUACUAUGUUACAAUUGUUGAUGACUGUAUCAGAUAUACUUGGCUUUGUUUAAUUCAAUCCAAAUGUGACGUGCUUGUUGUCUAUAAGGUUUUUCUUGCUUUAGUGUCCACACAGUUUGGUAUGUCUGUGAAAGUGUUGAGAUCUGAUAACUAGACAUAUAUGGAAGUAGUUGUGCAUAUACACCACAAAAAAAAAAUAAAAAAUAGCACAAUAGAAAGCAAAAAAAAAAAGACACAUCUUGGAGGUAGCCAAUGCCUUAAGAUUUCAGAGUUCUUUAACCAUCAGGUUCUAGAGUGAGAGUGUUAGAACAACAAUUGAUUUCAUCAACAAAUUAUCUUAACUGGUAUUACGAAGGAAGACACCUUUUGGAAUAAUUCAUAAGAAGGUACCUAAACUGGAUCACCUGAGGGUAGUUAGUUCAUUGUGCUUUGCUAGCACAUUAUCCAAGGGUGAUAAAUUUACAGCUAGAGUUAGAAGAACAGUUCUAUUUGGCUACUUAGAAACACAUAAAGAGUGCAAGUUAUAUAAUCUUGAUGAAAACGUGUCCUUUGUCAGUGGAGAUGUGGUGUUUCAGGAACAUAUCUUUCCUUUCAAAUAGCAUAGCCAGGAAGAUACAUUAGAAAUGUUUACACCGGUUUACACCUAAUUCAUUGGGAUCAUUCAACAUUCCAACACUUACGUUGUCAUUCCCUGGCAUCAUGUAACGGAUGGCACUCCAGUGAUGGUUUUUGCUGACACAAAGAACCACAUUGAAGAGGAGGAGGCUAACACUGUCCCUCAGGAUGAUGUUGCCCUUUCACCUGAGAUUGAUGUUGUCUUUGCACCUGAGGAUAUAACAUCUGAUGCAGUUCGUGCAGAAAUAGAUGAUUAGGAUCUUGUGAGGUUAGAAAAUGAUUUAGUCGAUGAGACUAUAGUUGCUCAGGCUUCUUCAGAGGGGUCCCCCCACUAAUUUUUAGUCCAUCUAGGGUUGUUCAGCCACCAGUCUGACAAAAAGACUAUAUUACUUCUACUAAAUCCUCACAUACUUGUUUAUAGCC